AUGGCAUCCAGAAGACAACGGCAACUUCAGCGGAAAUACAACUCUUAUAGGUAAUGUCUGAUAUCUUAUUACUAUAGGUAAAAUCUUCAGAAGAUACACGGCGCAAGAGGACGUGAGUUAUUUGACCCAUUCGUCCAGAUCCGCCUACCGCUCCGAGUCCGUCACUUCCACAUCUUCAGCUCAAGGCAGAAAUUCAUCGACGGAAAUUGUUACCGUAAGUCGCUGAACGUACAAUUGUAAUUGGUUUAGGGAUCUGAAACAAGGAGUUAUCCCGUUUACAUCGCCAUUCAGAACUUUACUCCGGAUGGGACGGAGACCGAAGCCGUUACUUUAGAGCAAGGGCAGAUUGUGGAAGUACUCGAAAAAAGCAAUCCGACUGCUUGGUUGGUCAGAACAAAGGUAGGAGGAUAGAAUAUGGCAUUCAACGAUAUUUUGACGGGGAUUGCCAGAAAUCCUGUUAAAUUUCUGGGGAAUACUUUAUUCAUCAAGCCGAAAGAUUUCAUGCAUUUCCAAGAAAGGUGCGCAACGUUUUGCUCGCAAGGAUCGUUCCCGCAUGUGGUUUCCCGCAAGUGUGGCCCCGCCCGAUUUUAUCCUUGGAUAGAAAUUGAACUCUUACAACUUGGUGGUUCGUGUACCUUCCACACCGCCUUUCUGCGUAUUAGCCAUUUAUGGAUUUUGAGAUCGGGAUCCUUUCCAACUUUAGGGGCUUCCGAUUCGGGAAUUUAGGAAAAUGUUUUCGUUGGAUUGUGCAUCGAUUUGUUUUCCAGUCUCGACACCAGGCUCCUUAAAAAUAAAAUUUAAAUCUUUGAAAAUUGCAGGUCCAAGCCGCUUUGGCAUUCCGUAGUAACAAGGGAUCGGCAAAUAGUUGCACCCUGCUUUCUUAACGAAACAUACACCGUUUGAAAGAGCGUUAAAAAUAGUGUACAACACAAGAAAGUUAGCUGCCCAAUAUAUGUUUGGGCAAAGUUAUGACCGUUUUAUGAAAAGGGUUAUAUGCAGCCAAAACGCCGGUUUCUUAUAUUACAGUAAUCCUGGCGGCUUGAAAUUGUCUCCAUUUUCUUACUAGUAUCUCGAAACGUCUAUCACGGUCGUUUCAUGGCUUUAUCAAUCCUUGGCUAUGAGUUAUUAGACAUUAUAAUGUCGCAUUACUGCCAUUUACAAAAAAUUGUAAAUAAAACUAGGUUAAUGGGAGAACUGGAGCAAAAAAAAAUGUAUGAUCGUCGUGGCCAUUUACAAACAAAAAUCUCAAAAUCAAAAAUUUCUUAUGUCCUAGCCUUGCCGACGGUUAGGCCACUGUGUCAGCAAUAGUGUUUUCGCUGUUUUUGUAAUUUUCUCUUCGUAUUUUUUCGAAAAAAUUAUAUUUAUAGGCCUUCUAAAUUGAAUUAUCGUCCAGUAAUCAUAAUCGGUCAGGCUAAAGGCAUGACACCCUUGUAAUUAUACGAUAGGCAUCCCCACUCUCAUCACCAUAAAAUUUGUGGUGGUUGCAAAAACACCAAAAACUCGAAAAAAUCCCGUAAAAAUGUAUUUUGACUGCGAAGGAACAAAAAUUAUUUAAAAAUAUCAACAUACCAUGGUUUUGUGGUAUAUAAGAGACGAAAUGCAAAAAGGUUUGCACCGCCCAGACUCGAAACCAGGACCUGUUUUGCCGGAAGUGGGGUCACUACCACUCGGCCAACUAGGCACAACUCUGUCGCCGUUCCAAGAGCUUAUAAAGUGACGCGGAAAUUAGGCUAAAAUCUGUAUUCUGGCCAUAACUUUGCCCAAACAUAUAUUGGGCAGCUAAUUUUUUUUGCGCUGUGCACUAUUUUUAAUGCUCUUUUAAAUGAUAUAGGAUUCGUUAAGAAAGCAUGGUGCAACUAUUUGCCGAUCCCUUGUAAGGCCUUUUUGAUGACAAAUUGCGCAGUGAUGAAAGUCGAAAUAACUGUUAGGAGGGCAUACCUUCUUUUUAAGCUCUAUUCUAAUAUCAUCAAAACCUUCACGUUUUUUCUUCUAGACACUAGAAAUGACAUUUCAUCUAUGUUUGAAUUUUUUUCGAGAGUGAAAGAAAGUUGAAAAAUAUAAUUUCGUGUACUUGGUUUAAGUUUGAAUUAAACUUUUUACUAUUUGUUUGUGACAAGUAAUAAUAUUUUUUAGGCCAGACCUCCCAAAACUGGAUGGGUCCCCGGUUCUUACUUCGAAACGCCUACCAAUUACUACAAACAAAGAAGACGGACCAGAGAAUUAGCUAAUCAGGACACCAAUCUGACUCCUGAGCAACAAGCCAUACUCAAAAGAGAGUGAGAAAUAUCUGCAGCUAUUUUUAAGUACAAUAUCAAGCAUUAACCAGCUUAUUUCAGACAAGUUUAUCAUGAUCUUUUGCAAACCGAAGAGAAGUUUGUGGAUGAUCUUCGGGGUCUUUUGGACAAUUAUGUCCAGGCCUUUCAUGAUAUUCCUAUCCCGGGGAUCCAAGAAAUUGCACUGAAUGUCACUGAACUUUAUAAUUUCCAUGCUAAGUAAGAUUAAAAUUUAAAAGUGAAUUACAAUUAAAUCGUCGUGUGCAUUAUAAAACAUAUACCUUUAGUGUGCUGCUAAAGGGUUUACAGUAUUAUUCGGAUGAUCCGGGCAAAGUUGGUCAAACCUUUGUCCGAUUGGAGAAAGAUUUCGAUCAUCAUGUGGAGUUCUUCAACAAAUUGCCCAAGGUCAUCGAGAAGAUUGAGUCGGAUCCGGUGAUAAAAGAAUAUCUGCAUAGUCUUAGUGAUAAGAUUCAGGCUGGAAGUGAAGGCUAUGUCGAUUAUCUGAAUCAAAUUCCGGAGAGAAUCAGCAAAUACGAAGAGUUCUUCAAGGUAUCUUAAAAUAUUAUAUAGAAUAACAAUUAUUAGAUAAUCGUUGAUUUCAACAACUAAACUAAUGUCCACUGCACUUCAGGAGAUCAUAAAAUACUCGACUCGAGCUAAUUGUAGUACCAAGAGUAUGCAGAAGGCGCUUGAAUUGAUCCAAUCAGUACCCAAAAGAGCUCAGGAUUUAUCGAUCACCGAUAAAAUUAUAAAAUACCCUGGGGAAAUCAAAAGACUCGGGAGAAUUCUCAGACAUGUAAGAGUGUAAUUGCUUUCAUUAUUAUGAUUUUUGCUUAAGCAUAUUAUUUUCUAUACAUAUUACUUUAGGAUGACUUUGAUGUUUGGGAAGAUGAUGGGCCAGUUCAAGAUCGUCAUGUGUUCUUGUUCAAGAAUAUGUUGUUGGUGACCAGAAAGGAAAACGAUACGUACGAAAAUGUUGUCACCCUGAGGGUUGGUUGUUUAUUGGUUAUGAAAAAUCCGCCAUAUUUUUUGCCUUUGAAUUUUUUUAAAAACUGUUGAAAGUUGCUUAAUAUUUAGCGGAUGCCUUGCAGUAAGAGUUAUCUUUUCAGCUAGACAAGUAUUUCAUCCGUCAACUGACCAACGACGAAGAUUGCAUCGUCUUCCGAGCUCAAGAACCAGGCCUUCCAAGCCUCCGUAUCAAGAAACAUGACCCAAUUCAGGCUGAGUUCACGCGAAAAGCCUGGCUUAAAGAUAUCCAGGAGUUUCCUUGUAAGUAA